AUGUCUUUCCUUCCUUCUGUGGGCAUGCUCGCCCUGGGCGCAAUGCAGCUCAGCUCUGGUGCGCUGGCUACCAUUGACACUUGCUCUUCUGACAGCCCUCUGAGCUGCCAGACCGACAACGAAGCUUCCUGCUGCUUCAACUCUCCUGGAGGCUCCCUUCUCCAGACUCAAUUCUGGGACUACGACCCUUCCGAUGGCCCGAGCGACUCUUGGACCAUCCACGGACUCUGGCCUGAUAACUGCGAUGGCACCUACCAGGAGUACUGCGAUGACUCUCGCGAGUACAGCAACAUCACUUCCAUCCUCGAAGCGCAAAAUCGCACCGAGCUCCUGUCCUACAUGAAAGAAUACUGGCCCGACUACGAGGGUGCUGAUGAGGAUGAGAGUUUCUGGGAGCACGAAUGGAACAAACACGGAACCUGCAUCAACACCAUCGAUCCCAGCUGCUACACCGAUUACUACGCUCAGGAGGAAGUUGGUGACUUUUUCCAGCAGGUCGUUGACCUCUUCAAGACCUUGGAUUCCUACACCGCUCUCUCCGACGCCGGAAUUACUCCCUCUGAGGAUGCCACCUACAAGCUGAGCGACAUUGAGGAUGCUCUCGCCGCGAUCCACGAUGGCUACCCCCCGUAUGUUGGGUGUGAGGACGGUGCUCUGUCCCAGCUCUACUACUACUUCAACGUCAAGGGUAGCGCCAUCGGCGGCACCUACGUUGCUUCUGAGAGACUCGAGGACUCCAACUGCAGGGACUCUGGCAUCAAGUACCCGCCCAAGUCCAGCUCCAGCAAGAAGAUCUAG